CCCGCCUUUUCCCGCAGGCGAUGGGGAGGAGAAUUAGAGCACUGCCGGGUUGGGCUGCUCGGGCUUUUCAUAUAGGGAGCACGGGCGCCGCUGCGGAUGGCUGAAAUUGACAAGCGCGCCCGGAUGAAAUUGACAAGGGCGCACGGAAUACCAGGAGCGCAGCUGCGCCAGUAAAAUUGGGGAAAUUACGCAGCACCCUGAUCUUGCUGGAGGCCUCUUCCCAAAGCCUCCUGCCCCUUUUUGCAAGGUGGGGGGCACCCCCUUUGCAACUCUCUCGCAAGCAAAGCAGGCAGGCAGGCAACCCUCCUUCCCCGCCCCGUCCUUAUGCGCCAGCUGUUUUCUCCUUUUCUCUUUGCGCACAGAUAUCCAGGGCUGCUCUAAAGCCGCCUUGCCCGCUCCCUCCUCCCGCCUUAGCCUCGUUCGCCCUGCAAUCCUAUACACGUCUACGCAGAAGUAAGUCCCUUUGAGUUCGGCGGGGCUUACUGCGAGAGAGACAAGCUGGAGUGAUGCAACGGGAGAAAAGGAAGGCAGACGGGUGGGUGUGUUGUUGUUGUCGCCGCUCUUUUAACAUGGCAUCACCGGUGAUGAUGAGGGAUUCCUGAUCGCGCCCUCAGAGACGCUUCCCCCGCCAUGAUUUUCCUGGGCAGCUUGUUCUUGCACCCGCAGCCAGCCAUGCGGGGCUGCGCGCCCUUCCUAGCCUGGGGCGUCGGGUGCAUUGCGCACUGCAGCAGCACCACCACCAGCAGCGGACCCAGCUCCUGGGGCUGUGCAUCCCUCCGCCGCAGGCGCCUGCGGGUCUUGGUCGACAUGGACGGCGUGCUGGCGGAUUUCGAAGGCGGCUUCCUGAAGAAAUUCCAGGCCAAGUAUCCCGAUAAACCCUACGUCUCCCUGGAGGAUCGCAGGGGCUUCUGGGUUUCCGAGCAAUACGGCCAGCUGGAGCCUGAGCUGAGCGAAAAAGCAAUCGGCAUUUGGGAGUCGAAGAACUUCUUCAUAGAGCUGGACCCGCUCCCGGGCGCUGUAGAAGCUGUGAAGCAGAUGGCCAAGUUAGAAGAGACGGACGUCUUCAUAUGCACGAGUCCCAUCAAGAAGUACCGCUAUUGCCCGUAUGAAAAGUACGCCUGGGUGGAGAAGCAUUUGGGCCCAGAGUUUCUGGAGCAGAUCGUUCUCACCCGGGAUAAGACGGUGGUCUCUGGGGAUCUGCUGAUCGAUGACAGACCUGAUAUCCUAGGAGCAGAGAAGAGCCCCAGUUGGGAACACGUACUCUUCACAGCCUGCCAUAACAAGCACAUGGAGAUCCCAGCUCCACGUCGCAGGCUGCACUCGUGGGCCGACGACUGGAAGACCAUCUUGGAUAGCAAGCGGGCGUUGUAGAGCCAGGCCUCUUAAAAAGGGUGUCCUCAGCGUGCCCAGAGAGGGGCAAGGUCUACUUGCAAGCCUGGGGGGGCACCAGGAAGGGUCACGUCUCCAGCUUUGACUCUUCACAGUUCACAAUGUAAUAGACACCACACAAGAGGAAAAUGUAAUGGGGAGGGUAGAGGAAAAUAAACCUUUGGAACAGU